AUGGCUACAGCUAACGCAACUAGAAAGAGGAGCUUAGCUUGGGACUACUUUUAUAAAGAGGAAGAGUCUACUUUCUGUGAAAUCUGCAAAGAAGAAGUAAAGACAUCAGGAAAUACCAGCAAUCUAUUUAGGCACCUGCAAUCAAAUCACAAAGAUGAGUACACUGAGUUGGAAAAGCAUCGAUUGGAACAAGCAAGUCAAAAAAAGAUGAAAGUAGCGGUAAAACAGCCAAAAGAGUCUCAACGCAAAAAGAAACUUGAUGAUCUAGUGAAGAUGAUUGCUACUGAUUUGCAGCCCAUAUCAAUAGUAAAUGAUCAGGGUUUUCAAGACUUCUUGAAAGCAAUCGAUUCAAAGUAUGUCCCACCCAGCAGGCGGACAAUUACAAGAGACCUUAUUCCUAAAAUUCAUUCCACAUGCAAAUUAGAAUUGGCAGAGUCUUUAUCUAAAGCAGCAUUUUGUACAUUUACAACUGACCAGUGGACAUCAAGAGCCACACAAGGCUUUUUGACUUUCACAAUCCACUACAUAGAAGAGGUUGAAGGUGUAUGCUGCUCAAAGUCUUCUGUCUUGGAGACAGCAUGUUUAAAAACUGAUCACACAGGGGAAAAUAUUGCAACAGAAUUGCAGCGAAUAGCUACAGCAUGGACUAUACAAGAUAAAAUUGUGUGUGCUGUGACUCAUAGCGCAAGCAACAUGAACUUAGCACUCAGAAUAACAAAAUGGUCCCAUCUACCUUGCUUUGCUGACACACUCAACUUGAUAGUGCAAGGAGCAAUUGCAGCUGAUUAUCAAGUAUCAAGCCUUCAAACAAAAUGCAAACACAUUGUAUCAUAUUUUCACAGAAGUGUGAAAGCAAGUGAUUGA